AAUCUUACAAAGGAAUUCUAAAUUUAAAUUCCGGCGUUAUAGUUAACUCACAGAAGAAUCCAAUUAUAAAGACACAUAUACUAGAAUAUCAGCAUACAAGAGACAAUAAUCUGUAACGUAUAUAAAGUAUACUAAACAUAGACUUUUUACCGACACAGUUCAAACGAAAACACACAAACAAUCAGUGAGUACAAAUUCCUUCAACAAAUUGCAAAUUACAAAAAAUGCACCAAUAAGCAAGUGUUAUACAUCGAGAAGAUACCAGAGAGUUGUGACAGUGUGAAGCAAAGUGAUCAUCCAAGACCAGAUGUAGAGAAAAACUAAUGCAGUAAAGGAGGUAAAUCCCCCAUACAGAAUACAAUUGCAUAGCCAAAUAAUGUAAUUUGAGAAGCAAAACUGGUCUCUCAGAAUGGAUGAUCCCAUGUGCGGUAUCCCUCACAGUAGAGAUGACAGUAAUGAGGGUCAAAUGGAAGCUGCUGUUGAAGAACUUGGCAGCAUGUUUGGACAUCAGGUUACAAGGGAGGAGAUGAUGGAGAUGCUGCAUGCAAACAAUAAUGACCUGAAUUCGUCCAUUAGUGCUCUUAUUCAAAGGGGAUACAGACAGUUACCCGACAGAAGAUAUGAAAGUAGACAAGGUGAUUAUAUUGGUAUUCAGUAUGACUUGCCAGAUGCUUAUUGCUAUGAAUCAGCACUUGUAUUUGGGAAGUGCACUUGUGAACGCUUGCCAGUGAAGCGCCUGAUCAAGGAGUGGCACAUCGAAAUUGUGAAGAAGCGUGGAACAGACAAGCGAAAGCAGAAUGUGGUGCUGAGUGAUGCACGCCCCCGAAAUGUGAGUCAGUGCAGUGCCGACUCAGCUGUCACAAACAGCAUGGAUAGUCAUGAUAUAGGGGAGUCAAGCCAAGAUCUGAGUGAGGAUAGUCAAGAUAUCAUAACAGAUUACUGUGACAUGGAAAUGGAAAGUGAUUACGAAAACACAUCUAGUACAAGUGCUCCUAGACAACAGACUUCAGGUAACUCGGGGGACUGUCCUCAGGAGGAUGUAUUGCCAUUAGAGAUUCCUCCACUUAUAUUGAAGGCGAACAGUACAACAGAUUUUAAGUGUGUUGCAGAUAAACCUGUCUCUUCGAGCAGGGGCGUCCCAAUCCCCAAGCUACCAAAAGAAAGAGAAAGAGAAUACAAUUUCUCCAUUCCUCCAGUAAGCUCGUGUUCUGCUGUGUAUUCAGGUCCUAGUUUGGCCUUCCUUGUUCAAUCAAAGAGAGAAACCCCGAGCCCCAGCUUUUUACCGCAACCUUUACCAAGCCAUGAAAGUACUGGCCAUAGUUUGUCAAAUUUAGCUCAGUCAUACCUUGAAAAUGCUACAACAGAUUCUAAGUGUAUUGUAGAUAAACCUGUGUUUUCGAGUAGUAACAUCCCAAUCCCCAAGCUUCCAAAAGAAAAAGAAAGAGAAUACAAUUUCUCCAUUCCUCCAGUAAGCUCGUGUUCUGCUGUGUAUUCUGGUCCUAGUUUGGCCUUCCUUAUUCAGUCAAAGGAAGAAACCCCGAGCCCUAGCUUUUUACCCCAACCUUUGCCAAGCCAUGAAAGUACUGGCCCUAGUUUGUCAACUUUAGCUCAGUCAUACCUUGAAAAUACUAUUCCGGGUUUGUCAUCUCUUGCUCAGUCCCACCAGAAAAGCACUGAUCCUGGUCAGUCAUUACAGGCUCAUUCUCAUUUAGGACAGUCUGGUCACAGUUUACCUACAGUAUUGCCAUCAGCUUUGAAAAAUAGUGGGCCUAGUCUCUCGAGCUUAGUAGAGUCCAACCUAGGAAGCACUGGGCCUAGUUUGUCAAGCCUAGCAGAGUCCAAUCUGGGAGAUCUUGGUCCCAGUCUUAAUAGCCUUACCAGCCAAGAAAGCAUUAGGCCAAGUCUUCCAAGCUUUGCUCAGUCUAGCCAAAUAAGCAGUGGGCCUAGUCUUGCUAGUCUAGCUCAGUCAAAUUUAGGAGACUCUGGGCCUAGUAAUUCAAGCCUUGCUCAGUCAAGUCAAGCAAGUGUUGGGCCUAGUCUUGCUAGCCUAGCACAAUCUAACUUAGGAAACACUGGGACUAGUCUUUCAAGCUUGGCACUUUCAAAUUUAGAAGGCAAUGGGCCCAUCAUGUCCAACUUGGCACAGUCUAGCCUAGAGAAUAAUGGGCCAAGUCUUGAUAGCCUAGCACAGUAUAAUGUAAGAGACAGUGGUCCUAGUCUUUCAAGCCUAGCACAGUCCAACCUAGAAAGCAGCAUCCCAGGUCUUUCAAGCCUUGCUCAGUCCAACCAAACAAGUAGUGGGCCUAGUCUUGCAAGCCUAGCACAGUGUAACUUGGGAGACACUACAUACCCCCAGUUGAAGACUAUAGGAGACAGUGUUUCAAAGCCUCUUGAUUUCAAAAUACCAUUACUUAUAGGAUCUCCAAAGUCGGAUAAUCAAUUUUGUGGCAGUGGUGUUAUAACAACACACCAAUUUCUCAACAAAAAUGGAACAGGCAAAAUGCUCCAUAACAAUUCUGAAGAGAGUGCUCCUGGAGUGCCAAUAGAUUUGAGGGAUGCACUGAGUACAAGAUUACUCUCAGGGAAAAAUGAGAUUGACUUACCAUCUUUAGCCAGUCUGAAAGUUUCCUGUGAAGAACCUUUGAUGCAUCAUUCAUCACCUCGUCAGUCUUUUUCUUCUCAAAGCAAUAUAGCUCUACAAGAUUUUCCUUCAAGUCCUCAUUUGCCUCUAGGGCUGAAGACACCACCAGGACUGAGUAUUCCUCCAGGUUUAAAUCAUCCACCAGGUCUAAGAGUACCACCAGGUUUAAAAGCACCACCAGGACUGAGUCUCCCUCCAGGUUUAAAUCCUCCACCAGGUCUAAAAGCAUGUCCAGGGCAAAAUUUGCCUUCAGAGCUUAACUUAUUCCCAGGUUUGAAUGUGCUGCCAGCUCCAAAUCUUGACCUAGCACAUGGUUUAAAGACUCCUCAAAGACUGGAAGUAGAACCAUUACCCAAAGCACUAAGUGAUUCAAGAGGCAGUCAGAUUAUGGAAGCUGAAAAUGCCCAAAGUGAACCAGAGUUACUAAAAAUACAAGAUGAGGAAGACAUAACUGAGGAGAUUGAUUUACAGGCUGCUCUUGUUAAACAUCCUGAGAAGAAAGCAGAAAUUGAUACUGACAUUGAAGAAUCUUACAGUGUUUUCAUUGAUCCUGUGAAAAUUAAGUGUGAUACAUCCCUAUUCAAAACCUCCCCAUCACCAUUUGGAGAGGUGAUGAUCAGAAAGCCUCGACUAUGUACAGUGAAAAGACUAGCUGAAAAAAACUUUUCUGUUCCCUUUGAAAUUUUCAAGUUUGAUACCCCAUCCCCUGAUGAACUUGUACGUAAGGCAUUGGAAGAUCAUAAAAACCCUGACUGGUAUAGAUUAGUUACAAGGGAAAGACAGAGUAGGAGAUAAAAGUGUUUUACAUGUAGAUAUUAAUGGCCACUGGAAGGGCAAAUAAGCUAGUAAUAUACAGUAUAAAUACAUAGAUGUAUUCUUUUUUUUUACUUUUUUCAAAUUUGUUUUGUUUACAUUAUGAAAAAUGUAAAAUCUUAUUGAAUGUCAAGUAAGGGUUUUUUGUUUAAAUUUUAUUUUUCUAUGAUUACAUGUGAAGGCUUGCCAGAUAUAUAAAAAAAAAUGUGAUUCAUGUAUUAUUCAUCACUUUUUAUUUGUGAAAAGUGCUCUUUCUUGUAACAGAAAAGUAUGUAUAAUUGCUACAGGUUCCCUUUCAGUCAGACUGAUUACCUUAUGAAAUUUUUAUACAUUUUUUGUAAUUUGUGUACUAUGGUAAAAAUGGAAGAGGCACUAUUUCUAGCAAAUAGAACAUAUUUUCUAGUUAUAGAACUGAUCUUACAGAAAAGAACAGCAUCUUUAUUUGCAAGAGGUUGUAGAAGAUUACACAUAAUAUGUUCAAAGCAUCAGUUGCUUUAAAAGUCUUUUCAUUAGUAUGCAUAUAUGAGGGAAGACCUAUAUUUUCAAAUUCAUACUGAGACACAAUAAUGUGUAAAUGAUAAUCAUAUUAAAUUAAUUAAAUGAACUACAACCACCUCAUAAGGGUGAUCAAAAUUUCAAAUAAAAAAUGAACUUUUAUAGGUGUACAAAUAUUGCAACAUUGUGAUGUAUGUGUCUUUAAAUGGUUAUUGUGGUUGUAUUUCAUUUACUAAAUUCAAGGACUACAUGCAUAGUUAGUCCUUUGGCAAUAUUCCUCUUUUAAUAAACCUCUCUUCUAGUAGUGUAGGUGAUUACUACAUAGAUUGGUCAAAGGAUUGGGUUUUCCAUUGACUGAUUACAUUGUUAAAAUCAGGAAUGAAAUGACUUUUGGAAAGAUUCAUUAUUAUUGUGCAAAGUUUUCCUUGUUUUAAAGAAGAUAGUUUGUUACAAAAUGAUAAGAAAGAAACAAAAAAAUAAAGUCUGCUUGGAUUAUACCUCAGAAGUGAAUAACUUCAGACCGGUAACGGAUAUAUUUUUAGUGUGUAAACUUUGCAUCUUAGAUUUGUACAAAACCACCUAACAAGAGUACUAAUGUUGUCCGUACCUUCAUGUAUUUUGAUUUUUAAUAUGAUUCUUUUGUGCGAUAUUUCUGAAGUUUUUAAACUUUGUACCAGAUCCUUGUGUACAUACACAGGUGCACGCAUGCACAUUCACUCAUGUGUCACUCAUUCACAGUCACACACAUGAACACACACACAUGCACAUACAGAUACACAUACAGGCAUGUACAUAAACAUACACA